AUGUUGCUAGACGUCUACCUCCUCGCUAUCGGAAGACACAUGUAUGUUAUAAAUCCAUUAUCUGGAGCAAGCAAACCGCUUGAUUUAGGUGAUUGGACUAGCGCUACGGCAGCCGUUAUAGUUCCUUCGACACGAAAAGCAUACGUUACCACAUCUUUUAACAAUCUUUGGGAAAUCGAUCUUGUUGCUAUGGAAUCUCAUAACGUAAGUUGGGAUAGAUGGGGCACAUGUAAUGCUCUUGUGACUGUUCCCAAUAGCGUAGGAUAUUCUCUAUUCGCAUUCUGCCAUAAGCUAUGGUUAGUUGAUGACCUUAGUACUGGCCAGUGUACUGAUUUUCUUGGUGGGUUUACUGACAUUUGGACAAAAGUCAAUGCUGCUACAUCAGUUGGGACGAAAAUCUUCGCUACCACGUCAGCCAAUAACCUCUGGUGUAUUGAUACUGUGACUAAAGAAAUCUCUAAACUAGGAGGAGGAAGUGACAACUGGAGUAACUGUCAUGCAUUAGUUGAAGUAAAAGGAAGAUUGUAUGCUUUUUGUUAUGGUUUGUGGGAAGUGGAUGUUACGACCGGUCAUUAUACACAGUUUUUUGAUGAAGGAAGUGAAGAAAGAAAUAUUAAUUGGUCUCAUACAAAGAGUGCUACUGUUAUUGACACCAAAGUUUAUGUGUUCUGUAGGGGGGGAAUUUGGACCAAGGAUCAAUUAGUUGAAUUGGAUAUUAUUACUAAGAAAGUUAGAGAACUAAGUAUAAGUAAUGGCAAUUUGGCUAACAUUAAAGUAUUGAUUGCUGUAGAUAGAAAUGUAAUAGAUCAUGAUUGA